AGAUCGUGGCAAGUUACACUUUGAAAGCAGCAGACAGCUUUUUUUCCUUCCUUUCUCUCUCUUUAUUUCGUUCUCCUUCUCUUCUCUCUCUUAUUUUCUUCUUCCCUAUCUGUCAGCUUGUCUCUCUUUUGUUUUGUUUCAUUUAAAAACCAGCAUCAAUCAUAUAUCAUAUCUGAUGGAAUGUCAAAAAAUUUCCCUUUGCCUCAUUGUUCUAGUGUCACCUCUCUAUAGUGUUGACUAUGAAUUUCAUAAGGAAACCAACAAGUCUCUCCAUGAGUGAAACGAAAUACAUCUAACAAGUAAAUAAAAUAUGCAGUCACACUUCCUCUACUUUCAUUUUCACUUUCCACUGGGAGUUAUCAUGCUGUUACCCACUUGGGUACAAUAGACAGAUGCACUAGACGCACAUUUCUUCUGGCGGCAGCAUUUCAUCUUGUUAAAAAUAGUAUGUUAGGGUCAGAUGUCAAGUUAUAUUAGCACCAUCUAUGAUAACAGUCCACUGACAGCUGAACCUCAGCAGCAAUCUGGUGCUCCUCAUGGACACAACUGGAUCUAGGCAUUUACCACUGGUCAUCUAUACAAUUUCACACUGGCCCACAUAUCUUCCCACACUCUACAAACUUGCAUAUCCCUAUUUUAGUUAUCUCCAUGCUGAAGUGUGGUCCACUGUUCUUCUACCAGGCAUGGCAUGUUUUCAGUUUAGAUGUUUGUCGUUUACUUACCCAUGGAGGGAUAUUUUCCACUGGUUAACUAAGGCUCUAUCACGUCUUAGAAACAACACAACGCUACAGCCUCAAGAUGCAGAGGAGACAUGUAUCGUCCAUAACUUCCAGCCCCAUCGUGUAGUCCAACCUCACCAAUGCCUUGUGUGUAAAAAAAUAAUAUGGAACCAAGGUAGUUCCUGCGUAGAUUGUCACAUUAUUUGUCACAGGAAAUGUGAAACAGAGGUGAUGACAACAUGCACACCGACAGGAGGUAUACGAGAGAAGAAUGACUUUUUGACUCAAACAAUUCUUCCGGAAGCGUUGGCUUCACCCACCUCUGAAGAAAACAUGUCGGAUCUACGGAAUAUAAUAACAAAAAGCCAAGAAUCAGCUGGGGAAGACCGGUUGGUGCUAGACCUUACCUAUGUCAUGGAAAGGAUUAUCGCGAUAUCCUUUCCUGCUGAGGGACAUGAUGAACUCUACAGCUAUGCACUUAAAGAUGUGGCUAACAUGCUGAAAACUAAGCAUGGUGACAAAUAUCUGGUUAUCAAUCUUUCAGAAAAAAGAGAAGAUCUAUCCCAAAUCAAUGUUCAUGUUGUUGAUUUCGGCUGGCCAGAUCAUCUGGCACCACCCCUGGAGCGAUUAUGUAGCAUUUGCAAAUCUAUUGACUCUUGGUUAAAUUCUGACCCUCAGCAUAUUGUUGUCAUUCAUUGUAAAGGAGGCAAAGGUAGAAUUGCCGUGGUUACUGCUGCUUAUAUGAACUACUGUAACAUCUGCUCCAGCAAAGACCAAGCUCUUGAUAGAUUCGCUAUGAAGCGAUUUUAUGAUGACAAACUUGGUGGUUUGCCACAACCAUCACAGAGAAGGUAUGUUCAUUAUUUCACUGGUCUACUAUCCAGUGCAAUCAACAUCAACAGUGAAGCUCUUUAUCUUCACCACAUCCUUAUCCAUGGGGUCCCCAACUUUGAUGGCAAGGGGGGCUGUCGGCCAUUUAUUAAGGUUUACCAAGGAAUGCAGCCUAUGUUUACAUCAGGAAUCUAUACUGUCACUGACAACAUGCAGAAGGUGUGGAUAUCAAUAUCACCUGGAAUACCACUUCGUGGAGAUGUCCUCAUCAAAUGUUAUCACAAAAAACCUAAGGGAAACCAACGCGAGAUAAUUUGGCGUUGUCAGUUCCAUACCUGUGCUAUUUCUGAGAGCAGCUUAGUGUUUAGCAGACAGGAACUUGAUGAAGCUUGUAACGACCCAAGAUUUCCUGACAAUGGUAAAGUUGAAUUUGUAUUUAGCAGGGAUGCUGAUGGACUCGUUAAAGUUAGUGGAUUUGACUCGUAUGUGAAAGUACCAGUUGAUGAUGGUGGUGAUGGUCUUAUUCGUUCAGACUCUUAUGGGAAUUUCAAUAAUUUAAUAGAAUCCAGCACAAAUGCUGAUGUCAAUGCUAAUGGUCUAGAUAGCACAGUGAACAUCAAUGAAACUAUCCAGCACUCUGAAGGUCCACUAGAUGGCAGUCUCUAUGCUACAGUCAACAAGAGGCGAAUGGAAACCACUACGACUACUAGUACUACAUACGUCAAUGGCAUCAACGGAUCUGUGCAUGAUUCUAGUAUGGAUUCGGGUAUAUCCUCCUCUUACGGUUACGCAGUAAAUGAGACUGUUCUUCCAAAGACAAGCACUGAAGUGCACACCAUCACUAGUAGUUCCACAACAAAGCCAGAACCCACGAAAGCCCUUGACGAGCACAGAGAAUUGGAUGCCAUAUUGGAAGGUUUGCUGAAGGAUCAGGCAUUUGAAUCUGUUACACCAGCACCUGCAUCAGUCAGUGAAACUUCCACUGUGACAUCAUCCUACACAGAGACCCACCAACCAAUGUCAUAUGUUACCCAAAAAACUGAGAUAAUCAAGGAGACACCAGUUUAUAUAGAAGAGAGCCACUACACCAUCACCAAAUCAAGUGAAGAGAAGAUGAAGCAUGUCCCUAAGAAUGCUUUCUCUUACACUGCACCACCCAUUGUUGAAACAAAGAUAAUCAGGGAGACAGAGUCUCGCAAGAGCCCUGACAAAGAGCCAUCUACUGGCCCAGCUCCAUCUCCUAAAAGCUACACCUUGCCUUAUCGUGCAGAUUAUGAAAAUACUUAUUCUACAACUUACACAACUGAAAGCACAUCUCAUAUGGAUUCUGAAGCACUGUCCUGGUUGGAGCAGCAGCAACAAAAGUUAAAGCAGAAGAAAGAAGAUGAUGAUGGAAAACGAAGCCAUCAAGAAAAGGCUCUCGUUGAGGAACUGAAGCAUGCUCAGACACGGUACGCUACAAAAAGGGCCAAAAGCGAUCAAGAAGAACAAGAAGUGAUGCAGUCAUAUAUUAAUGGCCCAUCUUCUCCCAUCACUUUUGACGGUUACACUGUAUACCAGAUGUCUAUCAGCCCACAGACAACCACUCGUAAGCAUCAUAGCGUUAAUGAUGAGGUAUUUGAUGUAAGUGCUUCCGAGACCCACAGUCGCACCGUGAGCAAGCCUCCUCCAUCUCCUGGACCUACUGUCCGGACAACAAGCACCACCACACCUCCUGCACCUGUGCGCACAAGCAGCAAGGACUACAUGCAACGGCAACGCUCAAACAGUCGGGAUUGGCCUCCGCAGCAGAGGCCUCAGCGCGUCAGUUCAUCAACAACCAGUGUAGUUACAACCUCAGAAGGUACAGUGGUCAAUGAAAGUCCAGUCAUGGCACGCACAAGUCGUAGUAACAGCCGUACUCCCCCUCAAUCUCCGCCCCCUGCACAGUUUUCUCCGCCGCCUGUAUCAGCAAUGCCUCCUCCGCAAUUACCAGAAGCUUCUACUUGCAGCACCUAUCAAGCACCAUCUGUGGUGGAGGAACCCAUAGUCCCUCCACAAGAGCAACCGUACCAAUACACUCCUGUUGAUGAACCCUUAGUUACCGUCUCCGACCCCCCUCCGUAUUACAACCAGCCGUAUAAUGUAAUCAACUCAAAGGAUGUCAUAGAUGAUAGUUACCCCAGUCCACCUAGCCCUUACCAAACAACACCCACAGAAACAGAGCAGCCCCAAGUUAGUCCUCCCCAAUCAGAAUCAUCUCCAUCCCCUCAGAUCCAAAUCCACGAACAGGGCCCUGUAACAGAGGUGUUUGUACACAGAUCUCCAAGUGUAUCAUCUAACCAGACAACCAAGGAAACGAGUCCUGACCUCGAGCAGCUGGAGGCAGCAAUACAGGCCAUGCAUACCACUGUGAAAGAACCGACACCCCCUCCUGUUCAGCCAACACCGGUAUCAGUAGUAACAACACCGCCACCAGCACCAGCACCAGUUGUCCAGCAGCAACAGCAAGAGUUUAUUCAACAUAAGAGCGAAUCAUACACCACAGUGACUUCACAAACUUUCGAGAGCCAAAAGCAACAGCAUCAACAGUCUGUGAGUACUGUGCAGCGGAGCAUGUCCCCCGUGUGGGAUAAUGUCAUAGGCUAUCCAACCAAUAACUUUACCCAGGUGCCAAAAGAACAGCCACUGGAGGUUAGAGAAAUAGAAGAAGACCGCAUUUCUUUACGACCCAUUGGUCCAGGUGUUCAAACCCUUGAACCAGAUUCAAUGUCCACUCUUGGUCGCCCAACUACACCAGCUUUCCCUGUCAGCCCAGCAUCAAGUGUCGCAACCCCUCCUUUCCCAGUGUCACCUGGUACGCCUUACGUCAACCCAAGUAGUCCUUUUGGCCAUUCUAAUUACCAUUUUAGGUCUCGUGGCCAUUCAGUUUUGACUCCAGGUCUGCACUCGGGCUAUGCUACCACGAUGAUCACCCCCAGUGGCACAGUUCUGCUCCAAUCUGCCAUCACCCCAUCUUCUUCCGCUCAUUUCACAACUGCCACCACAUUAGAAGACAGAUCACAACAGCCACCGCCACCGGCACCAACACAAGGCAAAUACUAUCGACAGUCAGCCCGUUACUCUGACCCUCUCUAUGCUUCCAUUCCAGAGGUUGCGGAGCCUCACUUGCCAGCGGGCAGUCAACUGUCCAGUCCAACUGGUACAUUGACCGGCGGUCAAAGUAAUCAGUAUAACACCUUCGUACAGCAGCAAAAUUAUCAAACAUCCAGCAGUCAUCAGCAGCAGUCAACCUUGUCACAGCCCAGCCAGAUGGCUCCCCAGCCUGAUCAACUCCACUUGCUUCAGCAGCAACAAAAACAACAACAGCUGCAACAACAACAACAGCUGCAACAACAACAACAGCAGCAGCAGUUACAGUAUCAACAACAGCUGCAGCAGCAACAACAGCAACAGCUGCAGCAGCAACAACAACAACAGUUGCAGCAGCAGCAACAGUAUCAACAACAUAUGCAACAACAGCAGCAGCAUUAUCAACAAUACUCAUCUACAAUUGACGGUAGUGCGACUCUACCCCCAGGAAGUUCCCUCCAUGUUGACACAAGCUCCAGAUCUAUGUCUGCCACUUUACCGCGCAGUCCUUCAUCUGCUGGAAGUCCCCCUUCACCAGGUAGUCUGAACAUACUGCGACAGCAGCUGAGUGCACAACAUAUGGGCAGUAGCGCUAUAAGUCCUGGCCCUCUGUCGAUGGGUGGACAGAGUUCACCUAGUGUCUAUUUUGGACUGUCUCGUAGAGGGAGCAUGUCUUCACUAGCAGAAUCGGACCUUGUUCAGAGUACACCCAAGUUCGUGAAAGAUACGUCCAAAUUCUGGUAUAAACCUAACAUUAGCAGAGAAGAUGCAAUUUUGAUGCUCAAAGAUAAAGCCCCAGGUAUUUUUGUUGUCCGUGACAGCAACUCCUUCCCUGGAGCUUUUGGUCUUGCUCUCAAAGUGGCUCAAGUGCCACCAAAUGUACAGACUAAAGCAGGUGCUGAUCCAGCAUCAGAGCUAGUGCGCCACUUUUUGAUUGAACCUACACCCAAAGGUGUUCGUCUACGAGGAUGCAGUAACGAACCUGUUUUUGGAACUUUGGCAGCUCUUGUGUAUCAGCAUUCCAUCACUCCACUGGCGCUGCCAUGUAAAUUAGUUCUCCCUGAAUCAGAUCCAGCAGGUGAUGUUAGCAAUCCUGAAAGUCCUCACAGUUCUGAAAUUCCUAGUUCAGCAGCUGCUUUGCUGGCUACAGGUGCAGCCUGCAAUGUUCUCUACCUAAAUACUGUGGAUACAGAAUCCCUGACUGGGCCUCAAGCCGUUGCUAAAGCAGCCAAAGUGACCUUCAGUUUAGACCCCAUACCUAAGACAACUGUCGUACAUUUCAAAGUUUCUUCCCAAGGCAUUACACUGACAGACAACAACAGAAAACUCUUCUUCCGGCGACAUUAUCCAGUUACUGCAGUGACAUAUUGUGGAAUUGAUCCUGAAGACCGAAGAUGGAACAAAGUCAAUGUACCUGGUACAGGAGGAGCCAAGGUGUUUGGUUUUAUUGCACGUAAACAAGGAGGAGUUUCUGACAAUGCCUGCCAUUUGUUUGCUGAACUCGACCCAGAACAGCCUGCCUUUGCGAUCGUCAACUUUGUCACUAAAGUAAUGGUGGGACCUAACAAAAUCAAAUGAUUCAGUGAACAACAAUCUUCUUUUGACUAACAUUGAAAUAGAAACAUGUGUGUGUGUGUGUGAGAGAGAGAGAGAGAGAGAGUGUGUGUGUGUGUGUGUGGGUGUGUAUGCAUACAUGACCAUAUGAAGAAUAUAUAUAUAUAUAUACAUAUAUACACACACACAUAUAUGUGUGUGUAUGUGUAUAAUAUACGUAUACAUGCACACAUAUAUAUCUUUGUAUAUAUAUAUAGAUAUAUAUAUAUAUUUGUUUGGAUGAGAGUGUAUACAUAUAUAUGUAAAUGGAUGAGAGAGAGGGAGAUUUGUAAUUACAAUAAUUGUUAUUAAACUAUUCACAGGUGAAAAGUGGAAACAAAUUAUUUUUUUUUAAUUCUACUAACCACAUUGGUUCCUGGAGAACUGAAGCCUUCAUCUUCUGAUAUCCUGUAAUUAUUGAACACAUUAAUAUCUCCUCUAUGUGUGUGUGCAUCUAUAUAUACAUUACAACAUCAUUGUGUGUUUGUAUCUUCAAAUCUGUAUGUGUUGUAUGUAUAAAGUAUAUAUAUACUGUUAUAUAUAUCAGUAUAUACACUGAUAUAUAUAUAUAUAUAUAUAUAUAUUUAUCUACAUAGAUACGCAUGAAUACAAUAAAAUACAUGUGUGUAUUUAGAUGUACACAUACAUACCCAGAUAUUUAUUUGUGUUUGUGUGAAAAUUUGUUUCUGCCCAAAAAUCUGUCCCUAUCUUCCAGAAUAAGUGGAAUUUGUUAUUCUACAUGAGACUGCUAGAAGAAACUAGCAUCAAUAGUGGCUGUUGAGCUAGAUUUUCUUUGUUGUUUUGGGGAGAGUAGAUGGAGUUGUGUGUCUAGCGUUCACCAUUCACCAUGGGACAGUCAACCUGUUGAUGUACCAUGUGUGCACGUCUGUGUAAGGAGGGAUGCAGUCUCGGUUUAAACAAUCUAUUUUGUUUACCUAGUACCACCACCAGCCUCACAGUUGAAAAUAAAAGUCAACCUUUCCAGCCAUCCCUUUGUGAUAUUUAAGGGGGCCCCGACUCCUUACCCACAAUGCAGAGACUAAAGUAAAAGCUACUAGCUCCUCCAUUAUCUGUUUCUAUUUUCUUACUGUUAUUUCUACUGCUGCCAGUACUGAUAUUGCUAUACAUAUUAGUACAACUAUUACAGUUAACUACUAUUGCUGCUGCUACUGUUAGUAGAUGGAGAGCAGCAGGGCUUUGUAGAUAUUCUAUUUUCAUCUGUGUCCUGUUUCCCAUUCCACCCUGAUCAUUUUAUCUGAAUAGUUGAUUUAAGGUUUUGUUCUAUACUUUUUAUUUGCCAACCACAUUGUUAAAUGCAAUGUAAUGCCAAAAGCCCAAAUUUUUAACCCUUGCCCCAUUUUAUUUUUUUAAUAUUUACGUUUGGAAAAUUUUUUCUGCAUGGUUGUAUGUUGUUUUUGUCUUUUUUUUUUUCAAUCUUCUUGGAAUAAAGCCAAUUAAAAUUUGCGGAAAUGUAUCCCAAAAUAUUGACUAGAAAUUGUAUGGCUAGGUCCUCGAGGGCUUUCUGUUUCAUAGCUCUUUCAACAUAGACUCUGCCAGUAUCCCACUGGGAUUGAUUUGCCUUUCAUGCCCUGGGUUCAAUAGGUACAGUAAUAUGAUUCAAUCAACUAUAUACCUUUCUACAAAAUUGGCCUUGUGUAUAGCCUAAAUUAAUCAUCAUCAUCAUCAAUAUUACUAUUAUGAAUAAUAGUAUUAUUAUUAUUUAUCAUAUAGUCAGUCACGUACUGCAGUUUCUUUGUUCUUGCCCACUUUGUUACUUCAAAUCCUUUCAUUGAGAUCUAUAGAUCUUGAAGAUGAUGAUAAUGUUUUACAACUCUGGAUGCUGAUAUAUAUAUAUAUAUAUUUAUAAAUACAUACACACACACAUAUGUAUGUGUAUCUGUCUCUCUUUCUAUGUAUGUCUGAGAUACAUAUAUAAAAACAAGCUGGUUGUCUCUUCAAUUGAUUUAUUCACAUAUGGUAGGUCUCUUGUUCAGAAUCAGUUCAAUUGAUGUUGUGCUCCAUAAAGUUCCCCUACCACUUUGGGUCAGAGUCUAGUAGAAGUCAAUAUUCCAUAUUGUUUAUUAGUGUCUUUGACCUCAACAAGGACAGCAUUUAUACACCAUUAUGGGCUAGUUGUAUAUUUCAAAUAAUCCACCCAAAUAAGACUCCUGAAAACCUGUAAAUAUGUAACAAAAAUAAUUAUAGAAACUAUGAUACUCCCUCUUCUUGCUCAUUAUUUUUUUUUUUUGUUGUUGUUAUAAUUAUUAUUAUUGUCAU